UGCAUGCUCUCACGAGUGCUCUCAUCAUGUUGAGCAGAAAGAAGAGAAGAAAACAAGAGAGGCAAGAAAGGAAAGCCAGACGACAUGACAGAUACAGGAAGUUAAGAGGAUUAUCCGUCACUGAGCAAUCUAGAGUCGUGACAGAAGAAAAAAAAAGACCAGAGAUCCCUCCAGCCAAGAGGAAAAGACGUUUAGCUUCAAAGAAACAAACACAAGGGAAGGCUGUAGUAGAAGAUAAAGGGAUAGAAAAGGAGAAGAGAGAACUCAAGAAAUUAGAGAAACUUUUGUCGAUUAAAGAGAGAAGCAGAAAAAGCUUCCAAAUGCAUUCAUACGUGAUGGACUGGAUUAUGUUCUUGAUUUUGCAAGAUACACCAACAGUGAAAGUGAUAAUGACAUUUCAUCCAUUGAAGGAGAAAAGGAAGAGGAGGAGUUGCCUUCUGAAGAGGAGGACUAUCAAUCAUCAAUGGAAGAAGAGACAGAAGAAAUAGAGAAAGAAGAUAUAUCUUUAGGAGAGAGUUCUGAAGGAGAUGGAGACGUUCAGAAAAAGAAGAAAGUUACUUUUGCUCCUGAAACUUUUGUUACACAAAAUCCUUCUACAUCCUCCUCUAUCCCUACCUCCUCUUCAUCUCCUAAUGUUAAUAAGAGGAUCCAAGGACUAAUGAAUAAACUGAAUGAGUCUAAUAUACAGACAAUGUUCACUACAAUAGAAGAGCUGUAUAGAGAGAACAGCCAAAGAGAAGUGACAAAGUGUUUUUGUGAGGUUUUUCUCAAGUCAGUGAUUCAGCCAAUACUUAUAAAGGACAAGUUUGCAAUGGAGCUGGUCAUGCUAGUGACAUUACUCCAUCAAAAGAUUGGGAGUGAAGUAGGGUUUGCUGUAUUAUCUCAGCUGGUUAAGAAGUUGAAUGAGUUGCUUUCUUCCCCUUCCUAUGGCAAAGGUAAAGAAUGUGACUGUCUCUUACUGGUCAUCAGUCACCUAUACAAUUUCAAAGUUGUUCAGUGUGUUCUAAUUUAUGAUAUCAUUCGUAAGUUAUUAGAUAGUUUAACUGAGAGAGAUCUGGACCUACUGGUACUGAUAUUGAAGACUUGUGGUAUGGAGAUUAGGAGAAACGACAGCUUAGCUCUUAAAGAUGUUAUUCUUGACAUACAAACUAAAGCUAGAACUUUAAAUGAAGAUAAUUCAAGUACUACUCCAGAGGAACAGCAGCAACAAGAGGAGGAUAUUCCAAUGGAACUAGCUUCAUCUAAAGAGGCUGUUGCUGAGAAGUUGGAUGAACCUACAGGAGAUGAUAUUUUGAGGACAGUUUGAUUCUAAAUGUAUCCGAUGAGCAGGAGCUCCUGCAAAAGUCUUGAUAAUAAUAUACUCUUAUUUUGUGUUGUAUUUUCAAAUAUUGAUAUCAUGUUCAUAACUAUUUUUUAUAGUUGUAGUAAUUUUUCAGCAUUGCUAAAAGUUAA